UUGCUUGGCAUCAUCGGGGAAAGUGACCACCCCACCGAAGACACCCAAAGCUAUAAAACAAACACCACACUAAGCACUUUAAUGAGUUAAGAGUUUUUCUUCAGUGAAGAACGAGUCGCUCCCGUGGCUCCUACACCAUGAGGGUCCACCGGAACCUAGUGAUUGCCCUUUGGGUAAUACUACAAAUUUCCUGGACGUCCAGUAAGCCAGUUGAGACGGCCACUAAACCGCAAGACCAACAAGCAGUCGAGAGCCAACAGUUACAGAAGCGAGUAGGGUAUGACAGUUUUUCACCCCAUCACAGUGAAGAACAUGUCUACCAUGACCACCAUGAAGAACAUCAUCCCGAAGAGCACCAUGACUUCCACCAUGAGGACCAUCACGACAUCCACCAUGAGGAGCAUCAUGACGACCACCAUGAAAUCCAUCAUGACCAUCAUGACCAUCACGACCACCACGACCCCGGUUAUUGGAAGAAAAAGGUAAUUUGGAAGAAGGGUUGGAAGAAAAUUUGGAAGCCCGGCAAGAAACAAAUCUGGAAACCUUCCUGGAAGAAAAUCUGGAAACCAAUUUGGGUGCCGACGAAAAAACCCGCCUGGAAAGAAAUCCAAGUCCCCGACUGGAAGAAAAUCUGGAAACCGGUCUGGAAGGAGAUUAAAGUACCCGCCUGGAAGGAAAUUCAAGUCCCUGACUGGAAAAAAAUCUGGAAACCGGUUUGGAAGCCCAUAAAAGUCCCAGCUUGGAAGGAAAUCCAAGUCCCUGAUUGGAAAAAAAUCUGGAAGCCAGUCUGGAAAGAAAUCCAAGUUCCUGCAUGGAAAGAAAUCCAAGUACCAGCCUGGAAGAAACUGUGGUACCCAGUGUGGGUCAAAGAAGGCAUCCAUGGCGAGCACUACCUCGGUAAAGACCACCAUGGUAAUGAAUACACCGCCCAUGACAUUUGGAAGAAGAAAAUGAUUUGGAAACCAGUCUGGAAGAAGUACUGGAAACCGGCCAAGAAACAAAUCUGGAUCCCCGACAAAAAACUCGAAUGGAAAGAAGCCUGGAAGCAAAUCUGGCGCACUGAAAAGAAGCAAAUCUGGGUCGAGGACAAAAAGCUAGUCUGGAAGGAGGCUUGGAAGCAAAUCUGGCGCACCGAGAAGAAGCAGAUCUGGGUUCCUGAUAAGAAACUCGAAUGGAAGGAGGCCUGGAAACAAAUCUGGAGAACCGAGAAGAAGCAGAUUUGGGUGGAAGAUAAAAAACUGGCGUGGAAGGAGGCCUGGAAACAGAUCUGGGUGCCCGCCUGGAAGGAGAUCUGGGUGCCUGGUUGGAAAAUGAUCUGGAGACCUGUGAUCAUCAAGGAAUGGUUCCCGUCGCCCGACCAUCACGACCACCACCACCACCAUGGGUGGGACAGGAGCGACGCCAAAACUAGUGAGAGCCAAACGGCACCUCUUGUGACGGUGCCGUCCACUCAGGUGCCAAAUCAAAGUCAAGUCCAGGGGAAGAACUGGUCGUUCCCUUCCUCGUAACAGUACCUAAUUUGUAUAUACCUAGUUUUUAGUUAUUUUAUUGCAUGUUACAUCUCGACUGACUUAUUAUUUAACGUUUAUUGUUGAGUUUUGUUAUUUUUUUAUUCGUGAAAAUAAAAAAAUCAAACUUGAA